AUGGUAAUUUGUGAAAUAAAUUUCUAUCUGAUAACUCUUCUCGCGAUAGGAAGAACUCUGCCCACGCCGGUGUCUUGCAAAGUGUGCGGUGAUCGAUCAUACGGUAAACAUUAUGGUGUUUAUUGCUGCGACGGUUGCUCGUGCUUCUUCAAGAGAUCUGUGCGUCGCGGUGCCUUGUUCACCUGCACAAAUAGCGAUGGCUCUUGCAUCGUUGACAAGGCCAGACGAAAUUGGUGUCCACAUUGCCGUCUAAAAAAAUGCUUCUCCGUUGGCAUGAAUACAGCAGGCACGCGGAUUUUAUCAGGUACGGCUAUACAGUAUGAAAUAUCUGCGCAAAUAUUCCUGGCAGCCGUUCGGAGUGCACGUCGACAUCGAGACUUUUCAAUGCUGAGCGUAGAGGAGCAAAAUAAGGUUCUCCGUCGUGGAUGGUCCGCUCUCUUCGUUCUACGCGCAGCCACGUGGCCGGUCGAUCUGAUGAGCAUACGAGGACAAGAGGCGAAUAACGACGGUGCGAUAGCAUGCCUAACUACGGCUCGCACCGCGAUCGCAAAAUUGCAACUCGACGAUGUAGAGUUGUGCAUCCUGGACACAUUUGUACUGUGUCGUCCCGAGAUUGCCAAUACCACCAAUGGUUUCCACGUAAUGUCGCAAGCGCGAGAUAACGCUGUGGAUGCGUUGAUACGACAUCUUCGACAUCGCGAUGACCGUGAUAACAAAUUGGCCAGGAUUCUAUUUGUUCUUCCUGUUCUCACCGGAUGCUGUCCUCGUGAAUUGUCCGGGGAAUUGUUCGCGCCGAUUAUCGGCGAUGCAGAUCUGGAAAAAGUCAUCGCGUCUGUGCGAUAAGUUCGCAACAACAUGAAAUACUUAGAUUGUAAUUGCAUCAGAGCGAAAUCUCUUCAUUAGAGAGAGCUGCAAAAAAUUUUA